AUGAAGGAAGAAGUUAUGGAUUUAAUUGAGGAAGUGGUGAGAUACCAUAUGGAUUGGCAAGAAGGUGAGAGAGAGCCGACGAGCAAGAGUGGUUCAGCGUUCUAUUCAAUCGACCAUCUCAAUGCCAUCAAUAAAUUGUCCUCAAACAUAUCAAAUUUGGGAAAGGAGGUGACCUCAAUAAAAGCAAAACUUAAGAGUGCUUCCUCACAAGCACCUAUUCUUUCCUUCCACAAUAAGGGGAGAGGUAUAUCUUCUAACUCUACUCCUCUUUCAACUUCAAAUAAUAUUCCAAGUGGAUGUGUGUUUUGCGAUGUUUGUGGGUCUUAUAACCACGAUUCUUCUAGUUGUCCACAUGCAUUUGAGAGUUAUGAUGAAGGUGAGACCAAUGAGUAUGAUCAAGUGAGCUUUGUUUCAUAUAACAACAAUGGACCAAGGUUUGAUGGUCCAAGGAAUUUUGGGAAUAGAAAUGCUCACCAACAAGGUAAUUUUGACAAUUACAACAAUGGUGGCUAUAGAAACCAAGGAAACCAAAAUUUCCGAGGUAACUAUAACAAUCAAGGUUAUAAUAAUCAAAAUCAAGGUCAAUGCCAAAACUGGGGUAAUUGGAAUAAUCAAAAUCAGGGGAAUUUUAAAAUUAACAACCAAAGGGGACCCCCACCUGGAUUUUCUCCAAAGACCCAAGGAAAUGGUAAGAAUUUCUAUGCUCAACCUUCAAAUUUCAAGACUACCUUGGAAAAGAUCAUCGAGAACCAAACAAAGAUUUUGAACACUUACAUGGCGAUGCUUGAAACACAAAUCGCUCAAUUGACUAACACCUUGAAAGAGAGUGUGAAUGCUAUCCCUUCUUCUUUACCUUCACGAGGAGUUGAACCUAAGAAACCCAUGUAUUCCAUCACCACAAGGAGUGGGAAAGUGCUUGAUGAGAGAGUUUCUAGGGAGAAUGAGGAAGAUGAGAGGAUGAGUGAUUCAUGUUAG